UAUAAAUACACAUUUUAUGGUCUGUGCGUCACUUUAUUAUUCCCACUCUUUUUCUUACACAUUAAUGUAGUUAAAUAACUCCAAUCUGUAAAAGAGAUUUUCCUGCAGAUCCACUCUAUAUAGUCAUUAUCGUGAUAGAAGAUAACCAUUUGCGCUCUCGAGUGUAUGAUUGCACGGUUUUUUAAAUGAAAGAAAUCUAUAACUUAUAAGAUAAUAUGUCUUCUUGAAAACGAAAUAUAAUAUUUUUUCAUUACAUAACAGUAAAGUAACGCAGUGUUCCAUUAUCAUCUUCCUGUGGAUAAAUUGUUUGUAGAAAACGUGUGUGUCUUGUUUAUUAAAAGGUGAAAUCAUGAGUCAAGAUAAAACAAAUCAUAUCGAAUUGAGUGAAAUAAGUGACAAGUUCACAAAGGAAGUACUGACAGAAAUCCUCUGUAAAGCAAACAAUGGAAAAAAAGUGCAGCUUAUGAAUUGGAGUUUUGGAGAUGGAUUUACCAAAGGUGAUGGUUACAUGUCAACUAUUAACAGAGGCACAAUAUACGGUGUCGUGGACGAUGAUCCGAAGCAAAAUGUGCAAGUGAAUAUUGUUGUCAAGUCCAUCCCGAAAAACGUCGGCAGAAGAAAGACUUUCAGAAAUGCGGAUUUCUUCCGCAAUGAAAUAGCGUUUUAUACGCAAGUAGUUCCAAAAUUUGAGAAGUUUUUGGCUGAAAGAGGACAAAGCGAUAUGCUACGCAUACCACGUCACCUGGUCUCUUACUUGGAUGGCGAGAACGAUUUUAUCGUUUUGGAAGAUGUCUCUCCUUUGGGAUACGGACCAGCGUCUCGCCAGAACUGUAUAAACUUUGCAGAGUGCACUACGAUUCUGAAAACAUUGGCAAAAUUUCAUUCGAUUUCUUUUGCGUAUAGAGAUCAGAAGAAGGAAGAGUUCGAACAGAUUGCAAAUUGUGUGGAAGAAACCUAUUAUUGUGCUAGUAACUGGGACUGGCAUGAGAAGUUUUAUACAAAUCACGUCAAUAUUGCUAGAAACGCGCUAGCGAUUGAAUAUCCUAACAGCAAAGCUGACAAACGAUUUAAUACCUACGAACCUCGUGCAAUUUAUGACAUAGUAUCUAACUUGUGUCAGAAAAAAGAAGCUCCCACAUCUGUGAUGUCAGCAGGCGAUUGUUGGGCUCCGAACUUUUUGGUCCGAGAUGUUGGACAGGGUCAAAAAGAAGCGUUGAUACUCGACUUUCAGCUCGCACGUUGUUCAAGUCCUGUGUGUGACAUGUCCUUCUUGAUUUACUCGUGCACCUCCAAACCAUUUCGUGAUCAGUAUUACGACGAUGUAUUGAAAAUCUAUCACACUGAAUUAAGCAGUGCCAUUAAAUCUCUUGGAUCGGAUCCAGAGAAAGUUUAUCCGUGGGAUUUAUUUAAGAAAGAAGUGAAGGAUCAUUUUAUCUUUGGAUUGGCAUUCUCGCUUGAGGCUGUUCCGUUCUGUCUAAUGGAUCCGUCCGAGUCGUUCGAUCUAGAUCUUAUUAAAGGCGAAGAAGCGAUAAAUAUUGCUGACGUGUGGGCAGUAGACAAUAUCAAAACGUCAAGUGGAAGACAGAGAUUAGCAGAUAUAAUAGUCCAUGCUGUCGAAAAUGGAUAUAUGUGACGAUAUAUGUUAAAUUAUGAUCACAAUGUUUAAACAGUUUAUAUAUAGAGAAUUAUAUAUAUUAUAUAUAUGUA